GUAGGUUGAGAUCAGACAGCUGCAGUGAGAAGUUUUGGCUCCUGGGCAAACUUUAUUAGGACUUCCUCAAGACCCAUUAGGCAGGAUGGUCGGUCCGGUGCAGCAUCAUGAACCCCUUCUUGCUGAGAAUCCUGACAGGUUUUGUAUGUUCCCCAUCAAGUACAGCGCCGUGUGGGAGAUGUACAAGAAGGCAGAGGCAAGCUUCUGGACAGCGGAGGAGGUGGAUCUGAGCAGCGACUACACCGACUGGAUGAAGCUGUCUAGCGACGAAAAGCACUUUGUCAGCCACAUCCUAGCGUUUUUCGCGUCAAGCGACGGUAUCGUCUUGGAGAACCUCAGCCAGCGCUUCAUGUCGGAGAUUCAAAUACCGGAGGCUCGUGCUUUCUACGGCUUCCAGAUAGCUAUCGAGAACAUCCACUCAGAGAUGUACAGUCUGCUGCUGGAGACGUACAUCAAGGACCCCAAGGAGAAGCACAGGCUGUUCCACGCCAUGGAGACAGUGCCUGCAGUGAAGAGGAAAGCUGAGUGGGCCCUGAAGUGGGUGGGCAGCCAAUCCUCCUUUGCAGAGCGGCUGGUGGCAUGGGGCUGCGUAGAGGGCAUCUUCUUCUCAGGCAGCUUCUGCAGCAUCUUCUGGCUGAAGAAGCGCGGCCUCAUGCACGGGCUCACCUUCUCCAACGAGCUCAUCUCGCGCGACGAGGGCCUGCACUGUGACUUUGCUUGCCUCCUCUACACGCUGCUGAACAACAAGCUAGACGAUGACAAGCUGUUGAGCAUCAUCACAGAGGCGGUGGACAUUGAGAAGGACUUUGUGUGCGAGGCGCUGCCCGUUGACCUGAUCGGCAUGAACAAGAAGCUGAUGAGCGAGUACAUCGACUUUGUGGCCGACCGCCUGCUGGUGGCCCUGGGCCAGGAGAAGCACUACAACACAAAAAAUCCCUUCGACUGGAUGGAGAUGCUGUCUCUCCAGGGCAAGACUAACUUCUUUGAGAAGAGGGUGGGAGAGUACCAGAAGGCUGGAGUAAUGAACGGCCUCUCAGCAGAUGCCCUCCACAGCCUGUCCUUUAACGAUGACUUCUAGAGCGCUGGUGCCUUUCGACGGUGCACCUUGCCCAAGCCGCAGCAUGAUCAAUUGGUGCACAACUGCAUUGCGCUGCUGCCAUUGCUGCCCCUGACGCUGACAAGUAGAGGAGUGCCCAUGACCCCCUUAGUGGCCCACAGCUAUGGUGGGCGCUUCUGCACACAUGUAGAUUAGACAUGACCUGUACGCCGCACCUCCUCUUCUAGCUUGAUGCAGGACUGGUGUGUUCCAUUUACCUAGACAGCGCUGUUCUAAUUAGGUGUCAUUGAAGCAGCAACCCUCCUCCAAAUAGUGAGGCCUGCCUGCUUGUGCGCAAAUGAGGAGGUCAAAACCACAGGCUGUGCAGGUACAUAUUGUGCAGGUUCUUAGAGGGUUCGCUUGAUGACAGAACACGACAGGAACACGAUUGGAACUUGCCCAGAAUAAGACUAGGAAGGAUUAGCUAUUUUUAGGCUCCUGAGCCCCCACAAAGUGCAUUGCACUGAGCUCCCAGUGCAGCUACGUGUUACAGGAUCCAGAGGCAGCUCAUUUGCUUUGAUACUACUAAUAGUAUUCAAGAGUGCUAUUGACUAUUGUCCUACAGCUCUGUACAUACCCCUAGUGCAUGCUCAACAGGAGCCAAUGCAUCGUGAUCAUUACCUAUUUCCGUGACAAUUGAUCAAUGAGCAUCGCUCCUGUGAUGAUAAAAGUUCCACUUUGUAACGGAUUAAA